CUCAGCUCCACCUCCUGUGGUGCCACCCUGGGACUUCCUUUUCCUAUGUGCAGACUGCCAGUAUCUCCUGCACUGCUAAAUUCCUCUUCUGAUUCCCCGUGGCUCUUUGGACUCAGUCUCCAACUCCACUCCUAAAGGAUUUUGGGGUUGAGCUUUCUGGUUCAGACGCUGCUGCCCUGAUUGUGGUCUGGGAACCCAGGCUGAGCAGCUGCUGCUCCCCCAGCGGGAUCACAGCUGGGGAGUGGCCAGUCGAGAACAUCCAUCUGCGAGGAAAGAGCCUGGGGGAAUUGUGAUGUGAUGUGACUGUCCUGUUCUGACACUUCCCCUUCUUGCCCUGACAGGCUGCAGUGUCACAUCCCACCCUUCCAGGGAGCAGGGAAGGGAAAUGGCUGCCAUGGAGCCAGCUCAGGGGCCGGUGACUUUUGAGGAGGUGGCUGUGUAUUUCACCAGUGAAGAGUGGGCUCUGCUGGACCCUGCUCAGAGAGCCCUCUACACAGACGUCAUGCAGGAGAACUGUGAGAAUGUGACUUCACUGGGCUGCAGUGUCACAUCCCACCCUUCCAGGGAGCAGGGAAGGGAAAUGGCUGCCAUGGAGCCAGCUCAGGGGCCAGUGACUUUUGAGGAGGUGGCUGUGUAUUUCACCAGUGAAGAGUGGGCUCUGCUGGACCCUGCUCAGAGAGCCCUCUACACAGACGUCAUGCAGGAGAACUGUGAGAAUGUGACUUCACUGGGUAAGGAUUCCUGUCCUCUCGGUUCUUAGAAGGGGAAACGAAGAGUUAAGGUUCACAAUGCACCUUCAACUUUGCCCUGUUUCAGCGACACCCCAACAGGCUAGUGACACACAGACCAGUGCUCUGCCCUCCCCGCUACAGAACACUUUGGGAGCAGAGCACAGGCGCAGUAGCACAAACGCUAACACUAUCUCUUUGCUAAGGCAAAACUUGGG